UUGCCGACUCCAAAUUACUUUCCCACUGGGAACACACUGCUCAUUUCAGUAGCCAAUUACUCAUCACAAACGCCCACGUCACCCUGCUUUCUUCUUCUUUACUACGGAUGCUUCCGGCUCCAUCCACGGUUUAGUUUAGUUUCUUUCAUUCGUCCUCCCCUCCGCCUCCGCUCUCUUUUGACUCCCCCCCUCUUCUCCUCUGUUUCUGGCCGGAGUCCGUCCGAGAUGACAUCGACGGCGUACUCGCGGCCGUCGAAGCUGCCGGGCGGCGGCGGCGGCGAGAGGAGGCUCCCGCCGCGGCUCAUGAGGGGCUUCACCGCCAAGAUCGAGCCCAAGAAGCUCGGCGCCGGCCUCCUCGCCGGCUGCUGCCUCGCGCUCCUCACCUACGUCUCCCUCGCCAAGCUCUUCGCCAUCUACUCCCCUGUAUUCGCUAGCACGGCCAACACGUCCGCCCUGCUGCAGAACGCCCCGCCCUCAUCUGUGCCGGAGACGGUGAAGGCCUCCAUUCCGCCCGAAGAAACAACACUCGUAGGCCCAAAGAAGGACAGCACCGCGGCGGAUCCCGUCGAUUCUGCAGAGACGGGCCCGGAUAUGGCGGGGUCUCAAGAACCCGGCUUGCCGGAGGCAGUCUCGAGAAAGGACGAUGCGGAGAAGACCGCGGCGGCGGCGGAGCCAAAGCCAAAGCCAUCCGAAGAGAAUCCGGAGAAGAGCAAUGUGGCCGCAGCCGUAGAGGGGACGGCAAAGGCAAAUAUGACCUGCGACGAGAACGGCGUGGACGAGGGGUUCCCCUACGCCCGUCCGGCGGUCUGCGAGCUCUCCGGCGACAUCCGCGUCAGCCCCAAGCAGAAGACCAUGUACCUCGUGAACCCGUCGGGCGCCGCGACCGGCUUCGACGAGAAGGGCGAGAAGCGGCUCCGGCCGUACGCCCGCAACGACGACUUCCUCCUCCCGGGCGUGGUGGAGGUGACCGUCAAGUCCGUCCCCUCAACGGCGGCAGCCCCACAGUGCACGAAGCAGCACCGCGUCCCGGCGGUGGUGUUCUCCGUGGCCGGCUACACGGACAACUUCUUCCACGACAACACGGACGCGCUGAUCCCACUGUACGUGACGACGGCGCACCUGAAAGGGGAAGUGCAGCUACUUAUCACCAACUACAAACCAUGGUGGGUGCAGAAGUACACGCCCGUGCUCCGCAAGCUCUCCAGCUACGACGUGAUCAACUUCGACGAGGACGCCGGCGUGCACUGCUUCCACGAGGGUUACCUCGGCCUGUACCGCGACCGCGACCUCAUCAUCUCCCCGCACCCGACCCGCAACCCGCGCAACUACACCAUGGUGGACUACAACCGCUUCCUCCGCGGCGUGUUCGAGCUCCGCAGGGAGCGUCCCGCGGUGCUCGGGGAGGAGCCCGGGAUGCGGCCCCGGAUGCUGAUCAUCUCCCGCAGCGGCACCCGCAAGCUGCUGAACCUGGAUGAGGUGGCGGCCGAGGCGUCGGAGCUCGGGUUCAACGUGACCGUGGCCGAGGCCGGUGCGGACGUCCCGGCGUUCGCGGCGCUGGUGAACUCCGCCGACGUGCUGCUGGCCGUGCACGGGGCCGGGCUGACGAACCAGAUCUUCCUGCCCACCGACGCCGUGGUGCUGCAGAUCGUGCCGUGGGGGAACAUGGACUGGCAGGCCACAAAUUUCUACGGGCAGCCAGCACGGGAGAUGCAGCUCCGGUACGUGGAGUACUACGUGGGGGAGGAGGAGACGAGCCUCAAGGACAAGUACCCCAGGGAUCACAUGGUGUUCAAGGACCCCAAGGCUCUCCACAAGCAGGGCUGGCAGACGCUCGCCAACACCAUCAUGAAGCAGGAUGUCCAAGUCAAUAUCACCAGGUUCCGCCCCUUCCUGCUGCAGGCCAUCGACAAGCUACAGCCCUGAGUUGAGCUGAGUAGCACCAUCCAUCAUCUUCAUUUCAAUUCAAUUCAAUUCCCAGCUCCAGCCCCCAGCCCCAGGUACACACACAAGCAAACGCGAUCGAUCGAGUUUAACAAGACCGCUGUAAAAUCAAUAUAUGUAUAUUAGCGCUAGCUGGAAACAAAGGGAGGAUCUGAUCAAAGCAAGGCAGGAGGUUUUACAUUCCUUGGUUAGUUGGUUACUUGGUUUUAUAACAAUUAUAUAUGGGAGAGACAGUGCACUGCACGCUUCACUUCACUUGCCAUUCUGUUAAACAGACAGUUCACUACUACUCCUUUCCUAGUCACACCCAGUCAUCGUAUUUUCACAAGCUUAAUUAACUAGCCAACCAAAGCUAUUUUCUUUCUUCAUCUCCAUGCCUAUGCUAGCGGUAUGUAUUCUUCUUUUGAAUGGAACACUCGCUAAUGCAGUAAUGCUUAUUUCUUGUACAUCGUCACCAUGUCUCACUUAUUCAAGGAACUUGCACUAGACCAAUGUGCUAUUCGUUUUCUAGCUACUGUGGAUGUGGUGUGUUCCUGUAAACGAGAGGGAGGGAGAAGCAUCUAUCCGAGGAGGAGUGUGUAAUAAAAGCCACUAAUAAUAAUGAAAGCAGAGAGGCAGGUAGCCUGUUGUGCCAGUAAUUCUGUGUAUUGUUAAUGGUCACUGUCUCAUGGACCCAGCUGGAACAGGUACUGCACAACAUUGUUUUGCUACCUUCAAGAUCUUGUAUGUGUAUAUUCUCUGCUCUGUGUAA